AUGAAUCAUCAAGUAGAUUCUCUAUUCGCUCUGCCUGGAAGGUGCUGCGAUCCCCCUCCCUGCCCAACCAGUGGUCUAAAUGGAUCUGGCAUCGCACUCUCCCUCCAAAAUUCUCCAUCUUCAUGUGGAGGGCUCUUCACAAUGCGUUACCCGUCGAUACUAGGGUUCAAGAGAAAGGCGUCGCCAUGGCCUCUAGUUGUAGAUGUUGUCUGCAAGAGAAAGCAACGGGCCAACGGAUGGCUUAGCUCGGGAAGGGAGUCUUCUUCAACAGUCUUCGAUCUAUCUUCAUUCCAGGCAAUCCGCAUCCUGCAUAAACCUGCCCAUGAUGGGCUCGCUUUGGGCAGGGACCAGUGCCAGCUUGCCACUGGUAGGUGCUGGAAAAGCUCUAAAGCCGAAAUCGGAGUACUGAGUUACUCGGUGAGUGGUUGCUUAGAUUCAGAGAGAAAAGCUCUCACCAGCUUUCGUAAGUCUCUCAACGAUUCCUUCAAUAUUCUCUCUUCAUGGAAUGAUGAUGCCUCUGACUGCUGCAAUUGGAGAGGAAUUACCUGCCACAGCAUAACUGGGUUUGUUCUUAAACUCGACCUCCAUGUCAAUGACUCCCGUCUCGGACUAGGUGGCAGAAUUGAUCCAGCUCUGGUUCAACUGAAGCAUCUUCAGUUCUUGGACUUGAGCUAUAAUGCUUUUAAUGGCAUCCCAAUUCCAGAGUUUUUGGGUUUGAUGAAGAAGUUGAGGCAUUUGAACUUAUCACAUGCAGGGUUCAGUGGGAGAAUUCCUCACCAGCUUGGAAACCUCUCUCACCUCAUUUCCUUGCAGCUUUCUCCAAAUAAUUACCACUCCCUCAGUGCCAAAGACCUGUGGUGGUUGACAGACCUACCUUCUCUCAAGUACCUCGACAUGUCUGGUGUGGACCUUUCCAUGGCAAGCGAUGAUUGGGUGCACGUGAUGAACAAGUUUCCUUCCCUUCUUGAGUUGGGCCUAUCAAGCUGUGGUCUUUCAUAUAUUUAUCCAACUCUUGCUUCUGUUAAUUUCACAUCUCUCCGUGUCCUUGAUCUCAAAUUUAACUACUUCAAGUCUACCAUUCCAAAUUGGAUAGCUAACAUUAGUAGCCUUGUGUUUUUAGAUCUAUCGGGGAAUCAGUUGAAUGGGAAUAUCCCUGCAGCUCUUGGAGGAUUUUCUUCCUUAGAAGAAAUACGUCUCUCAGAGAAUCAGUUGAAUGGGACAAUCCCAACAACUUUAGGACAACUUUUUAACUUGUAUUUGCUUGACCUCUCUUACAACUCCUUGACAGGAAACGUGUCUGAAAGUGUUUUUGAAAACCUCAAAAAGUUGGCGUACUUAUAUUUGUCUUCCAAUUCUUUGGUUUUUCAUCCACAAUCUGAUUGGGCCCCUCCAUUUCAGCUUUCUAGAAUUGUGCUAGGAUCAUGUCAUUUAGGUCCUCGAUUUCCUCUCUGGCUACGAACACAAAAAUACGUAUGGAUUUUGGAUCUCUCUAACACAACCAUCUCUGGCAUCAUCCCCACCUGGUUUUGGGAUUUAACACCCCAACUUCUUUCCCUGAACCUUGCAAAUAACCAGAUUUUUGGCCAAUUGCCCAACCCUUUCAAAAUGAAGCGUCAGGCCAUGUACAUUGAUUUGAGUUCGAAUAAUUUCAGUGGUCCCAUACCCUGCAUAUUGAAUGGAGCGAGAGUGCUUGAUCUCUCCAACAAUCAAUUUUCUGGGCCAAUCCCACCCAAUUUUACAUCCACAAUGCAGUAUUUAGAAUUCUUUUCUGCCAAACGUAACCAAAUCAGUGGCAUGAUUCCCUCAUCCAUUGAAGGAAUGAAUUCCUUGAUUGUCCUUGACCUUUCCCAAAACGAUAUUGGUGGUAUCAUUCCAUUGAGUUUGGGUAAUUGCGUAGCACUUGAGGCACUGGAUUUCAGCCAGAACAGUUUAUCUGGAGGAAUACCCACGUCUUUGGGUCUGUUAAGUCAACUCCAGACAAUCCACCUGAGUAACAAUACUGUAUCAGGAAAAAUACCUUCAUCUUUAAAAAAAUGUACUAGUCUGGAGACUCUGAACCUUGCAUGCAACGAUUUCUCAGGUCAUAUUCCCACUUGGAUUGGUGAAAGCUUUCCAGCUUUAAGAAUUUUGAGUCUCCGAUCGAAUAUGUUUUUUGGUAACAUCCCAUCACAAUUAUCAAAACUAACUUCUCUUCAGGUCCUUGAUGUUGCACAAAAUAGUUUAUCUGGUUCAAUUCCCCAAAGUUUUGAAAAUCUCAUGGCCAUGAAGAAUGAGCAGAAGAUAAACCAGGUUCUUUCCUAUGGAGGCGUGGGAUCAUCAUAUUACAAAGAAAACUUGCUUGUGUCAGUGAAGGGGCAACUGCUUGAAUACACAAGAACAGUUUCACUGGUUACAUGCAUGGAUCUUUCAAGAAAUAACUUAUUCGGAGAGAUCCCUGAAGGACUCACCGGACUUUUGGGAUUGCGUGCUUUAAACUUAUCUGGAAAUCAUUUGACCGGAAAGAUCCCAGACAAGAUUGGUAAAUUGGCAUUGCUAGAGUCUCUUGAUUUCUCUGUAAAUCAGCUUUCAGGUGCAAUUCCUCUAAGCAUGUCAAAUUUAACUUUUCUAAGUUGCUUGAACUUGUCGUUUAACUACUUGUUGGGGGAAAUUCCAUCUGGAAAUCAGCUCCAGACAUUCCAAGAUCCUUCUAUUUAUAUGGGCAACAACGGACUUUGUGGACCUCCUCUUCUAGAUAAGUGUGUUAGCGAUGAGACUCCUCCAGGUCUUGGUGAUGUUAAAAAAGACAAAGAAGAGGAUGAGAUGCAUUGGUUUUACUCUGGGUUGGGGCCAGGAUUUGCAGUUGGGUUUUGGGCCUUAUGUGGCAUUUUAGUGCUCAAGAGGUCUUGGAGGAUUGUGAGUGGUUGCUUGGAUUCUGAGAGAAAGGCUCUCACCACCUUUCGGAAGUCUCUCAACGAUUCCUUCAAUAUUCUCUCUUCAUGGAAUGAUGAAGCCUCUGACUGCUGCAAAUGGAGAGGAAUUACCUGCGACAACAUAACUGGGUCUGUUCUUAAACUCUACCUCCAAGGCAACCUAGGUGGCAGAAUUGAUCCAGCUCUGGUUCAACUGAAGCAUCUUCAGUUGUUGGACUUGAGCUCUAAUGAUUUUAAUGGCGCACAAAUUCCAGAUUUCCUGGGUUCAAUGAAGGAGUUUAGGGAUUUGGACUUGUCAUGGGCAGGAUUCAGCGGGAGAAUCCCUCGUCAGCUUGGAAACCUCGCCAAACUCAUUUCCCUGAAGCUUUCUUCAUCUUCUUUGAGUGCCAAAAACCUUUGGUGGUUGACAAGCCUACCUCUCAAUUGCCUCGACAUGUCUCGAGUGAACCUUUCCGUGGCAAGACAUGAUUGGGUGCACGUAAUGAACAACUCUCCUUCCCUUGUCGAGCUACACUUAUUCGAUUGUGGUCUUUCAUAUAUUUCUCCAACUCUUCCUUCUGUUAAUUUCACAUCUCUCCGUGUCCUUGAUCUCAGUUACAACAACUUCAACUCUAGCUUUCCAUAA